GUGCAGUAAAUGGCGCACGUAUCGAAAAACGGCAGUGAGGAAAAGAUGGCGGAGGGAGGUAACGAUGCAGAGCUGCUGAAGGAGAAGGCGAAUAAGUAUUUUAAAGAGAAAGACUAUGAAAAUGCAAUCAAGUACUACUCGGAGGCCUUGGAGGUCAACCCUACCAAUGCCGUCUACUACAGCAACCGAAGCCUGGCGUACCUGCGCACAGAAUGCUACGGUUAUGCCCUGGCUGAUGCCACCAAGGCCCUGGAGAUAGACAAGAACUACAUCAAGGGAUACUACCGCCGCGCCACCUCCAACAUGGCACUGGGCAAGUUCAAGGCCGCACUCAAGGAUUACGAGACGGUAGUGAGAGUUCGACCAAAUGAUAAGGAUGCGAAGAUGAAGUAUCAGGAAUGUAACAAGAUUGUGAAGCGGAAGGCUUUCGAGAGAGCCAUUGCCAGCGAUGAGAUUAAGAAAUCUGUUGUUGACUCCCUGGACAUCGAAAGCAUGACGAUUGAGGAUGACUAUGAAGGCCCUCAGCUUGAGGACGGGAAGGUCACGUUGAAGUUCAUGAAGGAGAUGAUGGAUUGGUUCAAAGACCAGAAGAAACUGCACAGAAAGUGUGCUUAUCAGAUUUUGGUGCAAGUUAAAGACCUUCUAUCGAAACUACCGAGUCUUGUUGAGAUCACAUUAAAAGAGACAGAAAAAAUAACAAUUUGUGGUGACACGCAUGGACAGUACUACGAUCUCCUCAACAUCUUCCAGUUGAAUGGCUUACCAUCAGAGACCAACCCCUAUCUGUUUAAUGGCGACUUCGUCGAUCGAGGCUCCUUCUCUCUCGAGGUCAUUGUUACCCUCUUUGGCUUCAAGCUGCUCUACCCUGACCACUUCUACUUGCUCAGGGGUAACCAUGAGACGGACAACAUGAACCAGAUGUAUGGAUUUGAAGGGGAGAUCAAAGCCAAAUACACAGCCCAAAUGUUCCAGCUGUUCAGCGAGGUCUUCCAGUGGCUGCCUCUUGCACAGUGUAUCAACAGCAAAGUCCUGGUUAUGCACGGUGGACUGUUCAGUGAAGAUGGUGUCACAUUGGAAGACCUCAGGAAGAUUGAAAGGAACAGACAGCCUCCGGACUCAGGUCCCAUGUGUGACCUCCUCUGGUCGGAUCCACAGCCUCAGAAUGGCCGGUCAGUCAGUAAGCGCGGAGUGAGUUGUCAGUUCGGGCCGGAUGUGACUGAGCGCUUCCUGGAGCAGAAUAAGCUGGAUUUCGUUGUGCGUAGUCAUGAGGUGAAAGCUGAGGGCUACGAGGUCACUCACUCAGGGAAGUGCAUCACCGUGUUCUCAGCACCCAACUACUGUGAUCAGAUGGGAAACAAAGGAGCUUAUAUCCACCUCAGGGGAUCAGACCUUAAGCCAGAAUUUCACCAGUUCACUGCUGUGCCUCAUCCAAAUGUCAAGCCCAUGGCGUACGCCAACACGCUAAUGCAGAUGGGGAUGAUGUAGAGGUCACGCCAGUCCGUCUGACACUGAAGACCCUCCCAUCUGACCUGAACCAUCCCAGCCCCCUCACACCCUACAGUGCUCGGACAUGCUCAUGCUUAGCCUACGGACAAAAAAUUCCACUAGUCGUGUACAGGAAACACAUGGUGUAGUUCAGAUGGGAAGAGAUCCUUUCCACCCGGUCAAGUCCAGAACUGGGUUUGUUCUUUCAUGUUAUCAGUUAAAACUAGAAAAAAAAAGUCUCCAUUCCCAUUUGCCCACUCCUUUGUUCCAACAAAGGGUAAAGAAACAGACCUAUUCAGAUGAGUCUCCUUGGAGCUGCUUGGUUUUUAGAAUACUCCGCAGGUGGGAUCAAAUAGCUGAUAUGUACCAAAGAUCCGUAAUGAAAAUGAUUGUUCAGUUUUUGCAAGGAGCGUCUUGUGACUCUGAAACCUAGUAUUGUACUGUCGGUCUGUGUACCCAGCUUGGAGCAUUGUAAACGGUGUGAAGAGCAUCAUGUCUAUCAGUGUUUCUCAAACUAUCCUACAGUUUGUCUCUUUUUAAAAAAAAUAUUGUUUGCUUUUACAGGAAUACAAAAAAAUGUAUGAUCCCAGUCCCUGGAAAAAAAACAACAAACAAAUAGAUUAUGUCGGGGAACACUCUUAAAGGUGCCGUUUUCCAUUAGUGGUGUAUUUGGUUGGUUCAGUCAUGUAGCUGGUAAGAUUUAAUGUGCACUGCUUCCUGUUGAGGAAGAUACCGCUGCUCCUUGUUUUUCAUCCUUGCCAGUCAUCGUGCCACUCACCCGGCAGCUCCCGCACCGCCUCCUCUCCGAAUUAGCUUUGGCGAAAGACAAACUUCGAUGGCACUCUAGUCUCCCUGACGUUCAAUUACUGGUGACCCACGUGUGAAUUCCUUCAGCACCCAAACGUCCAAACUGCAAUCCUGUCUCGAAGCGCACAGCUGCAUUGUCCUAUGGCCCUCAACUUUUUAGAUAAAGAAAUACACUGAUGUGUGUGUAUAUAUAUAUACUGUAUCAUUGAACGAUUUCGUGUAAUGUUUGGAGAAAAAAUAUUGAAUAAAAAAAAUUCCAGUCCAGUGA